AUGAGGUCUGUCCUGCUUGCUCUCUUCCUCCUUCAUGCCUGUCCCCCUGGAGGAGCCAGCGACCUCCCUGAGGACCUGACGUUGCUGAGGACGGAGCUCGCGCUUCGCCUCUACCGGAUCGUGGCCACGGACGGCAACCGAACCAACCUGGUCCUCUCCCCCGCCGGUGCUUUCAUCCCUCUGGAGCUCCUGCAGUUCGGAGCCCAGGGGAACACCCGGAGGCAGCUGGUCCAGGCCCUGGGGUACACCGUCCACGACCCAAGGGUCAGAGAGUGGCUUCGAGCUGUUUAUGCCGCGCUACCCAGCGCCAGCCCUGGCGCCAAGCUGGAGCUGACCUGCACCCUCUACGUGCAAACGGGGAUGCCACUCGCCCCCUGCUUCGUGGAGCAGGUCUCCCGGUGGGCCAACAGCAGCCUGGAGGCAGCCAACCUCAGGGAGCCCAAUGGCACCACCAUCCUGGCCAACGGAUGGGCCCCCAGGCAGACCACAGGUGAGCGUCCCGGGGGCUCCACCUGGGAGCAAGGCGGCGGCGGCGUGGAGUCCGCACAGCUGGUGCUGGUGAGCACCGUGUCCUUCCAGAGUGCCUGGCGGCACCGAUUCUCCUUCUCGGACACUCAGCUCCUGCCUUUCACCUGUGCCAAGGACGUCGUCCUCCAGGUCCCCAUGAUGUACCAAACGGCCGAGGUCAACUACGGCCAGUUCCAGGACCCCGCGGGCCAUCAGGUAGGGGUGCUCGAGCUGCCAUACCUGGGAAAUGUGGCCAGUCUCCUCCUGUUGCUGCCGAGAGACAGAGACACACCACUGAGCCACAUUGAGCCUCACCUCACAGCCAGCAUCCUCCACAUCUGGACCUCCAGCCUGAAGAGAGCCAGGAUGGACGUGCUCCUGCCCAGGUUUAGGAUCCAAAAUCAUUUCAACUUGAAAAACAUUUUAUAUUCCUGGGGAGUUACCGAUCUCUUCGUCCCACUCAAAGCUAACUUGAAAGGAAUUUCAGGCCAGGAUGGCGUUUAUGUUUCUGAAGCAAUCCACAAAGCCAAGAUUGAGGUUUCAGAGGAAGGCACCAAGGCAUCUGCAGCUACAGCUCUGUUGUUACUGAAAAGGUCUCGGAUUCCUAUUUUUAAAGCAGAUCGGCCAUUCAUCUUUUUCCUGAGAGAACCCAACACAGCAUUUGUCUUCAGUAUUGGGAGAGUUUCAAAUCCCCUAAACUGAAUUAACAGAUCUCAAGCAUGUUCUCCACUUUCAUCGAUGCUUUUCUUCAUAAAAAGUUACAAUUUCAUUUUGCUAUACCCUUGAUUUUAAAAAUGUUCUGCUAAAGUAUAAAAAGAUAAGGGUAUGUGAUUUUCAAAUAUUAUGAACCUAAAAAUACUUCAAUUUUACCAUAAUUUUAUAAAUUUAUUUCACCCUCUCUUAAUCUAAAUGUAUUUUAGCCUUCUUUUCUACUGGUUAUCCCAAAAGCACUACAAGGCACAGCAGUGAUCUAUGAAUGGUGAGUGAGUCAGGUCACAGGGUCACGUCCUCAGUAAGGACACGUGAGGCCAUGUUGGACUGAGGGCGGACAGUGAAUAGUGUUCAGUUUUCCUUAUCCUGGAUAACUUAGGGAGAAUGCAAAAUGAGCAAAGUCAUUUGAAACAUGUUUCCUUUCCAUUUAGCUUCUAAAUAAAAUGGAGAGUUGAAGUGUAAUAGCAGAGCAGAACAAAGAGAUCCCUGUUGAAACCCCAGUCUGUUGUGAGACUUCUGUAAGUAUGGCAUCAAGCUGCUAAAUGCUAGACGUUUCAGAGUAUCUGGUAUACCCCAAACUUACAACUCCCUGACUGAUGGCUUCACCUUAGUGCCAUCCACAAUCCUAGUGAGAAAGGAAAAGGGGUUGAAGGAAAGUAAGUAAGGAAACCAAUAAAGUCCAAAGGCGUCUGCUUUUAAAACAGCUUUAAAGAGUCUGCCUAUCCGCCACAGAUACCAUCAUUUCCAUUAUCUAGGCAGAAACGGAGCAUGUUGGAGUGGCCAACAAAAUCUAAGAACAUAGAGUAAAAAGACAAUGCAGAUUAUGUAACACGUAAUUACAGUUAGGUUUAACAAAUGUGAACUUCAAGUGGUGUAUUUUUCCAAUGCUAAAAAGCAAGGCCUUUAAAAUUCCAUUAUCUUAAGAUGGUUUUAAAUGAUUACUUUAAAUGUGAUUAUUUCCUAAACCACACAAGAGUAAAAUAGAGCAUUUAUUGAUGGA